CAUUUGGUCAGCAGUUUCCUUUAACUGUCCCAUAAGGAACGUUCUUCGUUAGUUACAUUUUGUAAUAGGAAAUACAAAAAUAGUGCAUCUGGUGAAUAGAAUUUGUUAAAAAAAGUGUAUUUGUGUUUUGGUUUUCUUAUUGUGACUCUGUUUAAUUGCUUUGAUUGGAUUUUGUUGAGAGAUACAUCGAAUUGAAAAAAAAGACUGAUAAAAGUACAAUUUAUUUUUAGAAUAUAAAUAUAAAUGAUGUUUAAAUACAUUUUAUUAUGCUCCUUUUUGGUCCAUAUUAUACGGGCUAAACCAGUACAUCAGCAUCAUGGCGAAUUGGCACCACACGUACUCAUCGUUACACCACAAGCUCAAUUGCGUUUGGAGUCGUUAGUACCGGGAACACCCAUUAUACAGCAUCUCUCACCCUUUACCCGUUUUGUAGCACCACACGAGGAGACUAUAGUCUAUGUGCCGGCAAGUGCUGCAGCAGCUAUACAAAAUGCUGAAAUUGUCUCAAGAUCUUUAGAGGGCAACAAGGGUAAACAGAUUAAUCCACAAGAUUUCACCAAUGCUCUAACCACCAUAGCCAGUAAUAGUGCUCAGUCAUUGCAAAAUGCUGCUGAAUCGGCUGCAACGGCCGCCAAUAGUUAUAUUACCAGUUCUUCGACAUAUGUGCCUAAUUUAGGCAAUCCAGCCAGCGGUUUCCAAACUGCCGCUGAAGCUCUAUAUCAGGGAGCUCAGAGUACUAUUAAUAGUUAUGUACAAUCACAGCAACAGUCUCAACAACCACAGGCACAGGCACAAACCACACAACUAUUGUCUGCUGAGACUCCCUUGGCCGCAGCCGAAAUUUCGCUGCCUCCUAUUAUAGCCGAACAAAAGUUACCCAUUAUAUCGACUGCAGUUUCACUGCCUCCCUUAAUAUCAACGGAACAAAAAUUACCUUUAAUUUCUAUAGGCUCGAAAAUACCUUCUUUAUCCUCAUUACUCUCACCAGCUUUGCCAUCGAUUUCGAUUUACACCAAUGAACCCAGACAUCAUUAUUUUGUGGCACCAGCUGCUCCUCAUGUAGUCGACUAUGUACCCAGUUCUAUAGUUUUAUCACCGGCCACGGCAACUACCAUUAAAGCACGUCGUAGUGUUAUAGCCGACGAUAAGGAGGCCAACAAACCAAUAUUGCCCUUAAUUCUACCAGAACCCACCAACAAACCCCUAGCCUUGCCUUUAAAUAAUGAACUCGAAAAGGAGGAACUGUUGUUGAAAGAAAAGAAAGAGGAGUUUAAGCGUUUCUUGGAGGCAAACGCCUUAAAGGAGGAGUCUAAGGAACAACAAUUGGAACUAAAACCUAAUGAAGAUAUCAAGCUGGCAGAAAAUGAAAAAAUACAAAAACUCAAUUUGGAAAAUAAUCCUUUGGAAUUGAAAUUGUCCCCUUUGGCACCGGCUGAAAAAGAAGAUGAUACUCCUCAAACUAAGGAGGCCUAAAGAGAGGGUAAACAUUUUAAUCACUAAAUAGACUGACUGCAUGGAAUACAUCACAUUUACAUCACAAGUAAAUUUCAACAAACACACCCACCCACACACACACAAUGAUCAUACAAAAACAAUUCAAUCAUCAACAUUACACCGAUUUUUAUUUUUUUAACUCUUAAUUUUAUUUUAAGAUUUUAUUCUUAGUUUUUUUUUAAUUUUGAUUUAUUAUCAAUAAAUAUUUAUAUAUAUUUAAUUAAUUAAUUUAAUUCAUACAUUUCAUACGUACAUUCAUUAAAACAUCACAUAAAUGCAUUCAAAUACAUCACAUCACACAUAACAAGCAAGAAAUAAUCACAAAAAAAAUUAACAAAAAAAACUAAAUUUACAACAACUUAAAAAAAACAAACAAAAAACUUUAUAAACAAAUAAAAUGUAAUAAAUAAAACCUGGUGUUACAUA